GUUAUGUGAAAACUCUUGAGUACAAAUAUUGAGUAGAAAUAUUAAAACAUAGUGUUGCCAUAAACUUAUAUUAGGGUAAUCUGAAGAAGAACCCAGAUGGACAUAUUAUGUGACACCCUAUGAACCCCUUCUUAUACAUUAAUACCAACUUGGACCAAACGUAUCUUACAGUCGGGGACGUAGAAGUGCUGUCACUUAUCUGGCAGUAACAGAGCGUAACCUCAUCAGUUUUCCAGUGACCCUGAGACCCGUAUGAUUUUUAUUUUAAAGCAAGUUGAUGGAAUAAGCCACUGAGAGUUGGAAUUCACAGUAUGGAAACCUACCUCAGACGUAGAUUUCAUGGCUUUCCAUACAGCGGUAACUUUCCUCUUGAGAAAACGUUGCAACUAUCUGCCGGUGGAAAACCUGUGUCACUGGCUAAUUUUCGACAGGGGCUUGAAGAUACUGAGCGAAUGACCAACUCAAAUCUAAGCGAAGCCCGCACACUGAGUUGUUAUUGCGAUGGCAGUUGCCCGGACAAUGUUAUUAAUGGCACAUGUGAAACCCGCCCCGGAGGUUCCUGUUUUAGUGCAGUCGAAGAAGUUUACGAUGAAAUCACAGGCACAUACGAAGAGGAACGGACAUAUGGCUGCAUGCCGCCAGAAGAGAAUGGCGGACUGUUAAUGUGCAAAGUUGCCGCUGUACCACACCUGCAUGGCAAGAAUAUCGUCUGUUGUGAUUCGGCCGAUUUCUGUAAUCGUAAUAUACACCCCGAAUAUACGCCGAAGAGCACAACCACCCCGCCAGAGUUGCCAGUGAGUUCACAAUCCAUACAUUACCUGCUCGUCUUGACCUCCCUCAUCGUCUGCCUAACGAUAUUUGUCGUGGUGCUGCUGAUAUUCUGCGUAAUGUAUCGACGUCGCGAGAAACAGGGCAAACAACCACGUCUCAUCAGCUCUAUGUGCAACAGUCAAAUAUCACCGCUAUCACAAUUAGUCGGCCAAAGUACCGGCUCCGGCUCUGGACUGCCACUUUUGGUGCAACGUACAAUCGCCAAGCAAAUACAAAUGGUGCGUUCGGUGGGUAAGGGACGUUAUGGUGAAGUUUUCUUAGCAAAAUGGCGUGAUGAACAUGUUGCCGUUAAGAUCUUCUUUCGCACCGAAGAAUCUUCUUGGUUCCGUGAAACUGAAAUCUAUCAAACUGUAUUGAUUCGUCACGAGAACAUUUUGGGUUUCAUUGCGGCCGACAUUAAGCACAUGGGCAGUCAUACGCAAAUGAUGCUCAUCACCGAUUUCCACGAACAUGGCAGCCUACACGAUUAUCUACGCACUUCGGUGAUUACACCGCAAAAACUCCAACUAAUGGCCUACUCCCUGGCCUCGGGCUUAGCACAUCUACACGAUGAGAUUGUCGGCACACCCGGCAAACCGGCCAUUGCACAUCGCGAUAUCAAGAGUAAUAAUAUACUUGUUAAACGUAAUGGUCAAGUGGCUAUUGCCGAUUUCGGUUUGGCUGUUAAGUACACCUCGGAAAUGGAUGAAAUACAAAUUGCACAAAACGCACGCGUCAGCACACCACGUUAUAUGGCACCGGAAAUGUUGAAUCAAUCAUUGAAUCAGCAACAAUUUGAGGAAUUCAAACGCGCCGAUAUGUAUUCGGUGGGUUUGGUGUUUUGGGAAAUGUCGCGACGCUGCUACACACAAGUGCCCGGCGCCAAUACGACCACAUGCGAAGAUUACGCCUUGCCCUAUCAUGAUGUUGUGCCGGCCGAUCCCACAUUCGAUGAUAUGUACGAUGUGGUGUGCAUUAAAGGCUUCCGACCGCCAGUGCCGUUGCGCUGGCAGGACGACGAUGUCUUGGCGACCAUGUCGAAGAUCAUGCAGGAGUGUUGGCAUCCGAAUCCGACGGUACGGCUGACGGCGUUACGCGUUAAAAAGACGCUCGGGCGACUGCAGUAGGGCUUGGGAAGUGAGAAAGUCACAGCUCCCUUGUGGGUGCGAGUAAGCAGGUAGUGUCUAAAGGUACACCUGGCAGUUUAAUACUUUAAGUGAUGUGUUUUUUUUUUCGAUAAAUUUAAGUUAGACUUUUAAGCGUAAUUUUAAUUGUUCGUCAUAAAAGUUUUUUUUUUAAUACUAAUUUUAUUUCAUAAGCAACGUAAUUAAGCCAAUAGUCUUAAUAUUAAUUUUAGUAUGUAGCUGGUAGUUUUGUUUAUAUAGUAUAGCCACACGCUUUAUAUAUUUUCAUUAACAUUUUAUGUUUUCUUUUUUUUCAAAUAAUUAUUAUUGCUGUUGACUUUGGUCUGUCCGCGUUUGAUUCGAAAAAUAUUCAAUAUAAGCGAAGGCAGCUUUUUCGUACUGAAAUAUAUGCUCUAAGAGCUGCAAGCAAGACAUGUUUGCUUAAAAUAAUUGUAAUUUAAUUGAAAAUACAUAGAAUAUUUUUUAUUUUAAAUUAACUAUCUAUUUUUA